AGUAACAAUUUUUGAAAUAGGGCGGAAGAGUUUGCAAAGUUUACCAAACUUGAAUUAAAAAAGCCCCAAAUCGUGUGUGCAACACUAUCAUAAAAUAAACUUAAGUAUCCCCUUGACCAAUUUCGCAAAAUGUUGAUGCAUUGUUGGCUAUGCAAAACGUAAACAACGAAACCUAUUGCAUGGGUCACAAAGUUUUGACAGGUUUCAAGUUAAUCAUGGUUAGUGUUUACUCAGCUUAACUUACUAUGUGACUAUGUGAUAUUUAACAUGCUGAAAAAUAAGCACACCCUGCCUGUCCCUGCAGCGAAACCGCGCAGGGAUCAGAGUGUGGGUCGGGAACGAGAACAAGAGAAAGAGCCUCAAAUCGACCCAAACCAUUGGAGUUACCGUGUUAACGAAACUCUUGUGUCUGCCUUGCCCGAUGAAAGUUUACAUGUGACCCUAUUGGGUGGUGCAGAUAAUGGAUAUUUUAUUUACCUUGAUGAAAUUGAUCAUGAUAAAAUUACAUAUCACAGUGGCAAGUUGGAACCAGGGAACAUCAUUCUUGAAGUGCAAGGGCAACGGAUCGCGGGAUACACUCUCCGAGAUGCUAUGAUAUGGCUGAAACAAGUCAGUCAGAAUGGGGCUCCUGUGAUGAUAAAAUCUGUCAAACCAGGUCAGCUACCUCGGGACCUCCGCCAGUACCUGGGCUCCCGAUUUCCGAAGGGCUCCAUCGACCAUGAUCUCCAGCAAACCAUACGCGACAACCUCUACCUCAGAACUGUGCCGUGCACAACCCGGGAGCCUCGACCGGGCGAAGUCAAUGGUGUGGACUAUACCUUCCUCUCGCAAGAAGAUUUUCAGCAACUAGAACAUUCUGGCUGUCUCCUGGAAAGUGGCAUCUUUGAUGGAAACAUGUACGGUACUCCCAAGCCGCCCAAGGAUCCCCAGGGUCAGAUUCCCCGGCGAACAAAUUCUGUUGGCAACAUGUUACCAGGGUAUCAGGCGGCAGCUGCCUCAGGGCCAUGGGAGGGCAGGAGGCGGCGGAACCACAGCAGCUCAGACCUUCCCACCACCCCGACCACCCCAAAAUCCCCGGGCUCAUUGAGGAAGUUUAUACCGGAACCUCCACCCCGGGGCAAAUCGCUGGAACGGUCUGACAGCUCAGAAAGUCUCGGUCCACUACCACAGAACUGGGAGAUGGCUUUUACAGAGGAAGGACACCCAUACUUCAUAGAUCACAACACUGAACAGACCCACUGGCUUGAUCCCAGGUUAGCUAACCGGCAGCCGGAAACCAGCAAGGAAACUGGUUAUGUUCCACCAUUACCCAUUGAGCUGCCGUUUGGCUGGGAAAAGGUUGAGGAUCCACAUUAUGGAACAUAUUACAUAGAUCACGUGAACAGGAAGACGCAGUACGAACAUCCUGGGACGGCAAUAAAGAAAAGUGCAACAGCGGAUGAAAUAAACAACAGUAAUACCUUACCAAGACGAGGAAAGAACGGUGACGUGGCGCGGCGGUCAAUCAGCGACGCUGACAUGAACGGCAGAAACACUCCGCCAGCCUACCGUCCCCGAUCCAGAAAACAGAAGAAUCCUGCGAGCAAAAGAGCUCUUGCAAAAAGGGUAUUCGUUAAAAACCCCAAGGACUUGAAAGGGGAGGUAUUCACAACCCGACUUUUAAAGGGCGAGCGAGGUCUUGGUUUUACGAUCAUUGGGGGAGAUAACCGUGAUGAAGAGUUCUUGCAGAUUAAAAAUGUCGUCAGGAAUGGGCCCGCAUUCGUCGACGGGAAAUUACAAACUGGUGAUGUUCUGGUGCGGGUGAAUGGGCAUUUAGUUCUGGGGUGCACGCACCAGGACGUGAUACAGGUCUUCCAGACGAUUCAGCCGGGUGACCACGUGGAUCUCGAAAUAUGUCGGGGCUACACUCUCCCCUUCGACCCUGAUGACCCGAACACCGAGAUUAUCACCACCAUCGCCGUCGGGCAUAACGACACUCGCGGCUCAAACUCACCUGCUUCAUACAGCUCGCGAGAAAAUGUGGACCGUAACGAUAUGUCAUCGCGGAGUUUGAAAUCGUUACCAGAACUUGUAAAGUCGGCUAGUAUACAUCAAGUGACAGAUUACCCUACCAGCAGACCAAGUGAUACUUCUAAUACUCCUGACUUGAUAGGGCCAGCGGAAAUAUUAACUAUGGAUAUCGUGCGAGGUGAUUCUGGGUUUGGAUUUACGAUAGCAGAUAGUACUUACGGACAGAAAGUAAAACAGAUAUUAGAUCGGCAACGGUGUCAAAUAUUACAGGAAGGCGACUUUAUUCAGCAAAUAAAUGGAAUUAGUGUGGCGGACAUGAGUCAUAGUCAAGUUGUUCAGGUGUUGAAGGAAUGUCCGAUAGGGGAGGCAACUGAGAUUGUCGUUCAAAGGGGAGGUAUUCCGGCCAAGGGCAGACGACAAAAUAAAAUGAAUGACUCAGCACAGGGUGGGGAGCAUGGUGAAGGAUAUAUGAACAUGUCCAGAGUUCGAGAUGAGCUGGAUGGAACAACGUUGCCCCCAGAGAUUCCACGGAGACCUAGGACGCCUUCCAAUGAACAGCCGAGACCGAAAACUCCAUCCGAUUCCCGUCCGAAAACUCCGACCAGACUUGCGUUACAAGGAGGUAACAGCGCUCGCCCGAAUGUAAAUAUGAACGCGCCAAAUAGUGCUCACUUACCACGUAGAGAUUUCGCGGAUAACUCUCGUGAUUUUAGUCAUGGUAACGAAGAUAGUUUUAAUGCAAACUCACGACCCCCUGUUGGACCAAGAGCUGAUCCCUUCGGAAACAUGAGGGUGAAAAGUAGUAAUAAUAUGCACAAUAUUGAUAGAGACCCCUAUGGGCGGACAGACAGUGCUCGACCUGGUCAGUUUAGGAGUCGAACGCCCGGGCCAGAAAUGAUGCAGCGAUCACAGUUUCAGGAUUAUAGGCCUGAUCCAAGCAGACCUAAAACACCGACAGCAUCAGAUAUGCGAAGUAAAACGCCGACUCCUGGUGGGUGGAAUGCGACAGGUGGCAAUGCAGACUAUGCAAGAAACAGUGGGUGGGGUAAUAACAGUGUUCCUUUUAGAAAUUAUGAUGUGAAUUCUCGGACUUGGGGAUCUAGUAUUCCAGAGAAUAGUGCCACACCGAAUAUGCAACGAAGGGAUAUUCCAGACUUUAAUCGUGCUAAUUCAACCGUUUCGGUGGGCGCCGGUCGCCCUCCAAGACAAAGCACAUCAUUUGAGUCAGAAGACCCGAUGUCCAGCAAUAUGUCACGUGUGCCUCGACGUCAGCAGUUUCAGAACACGUCGUUUCCUGCCCCACAAUCACCUAAACCAUUCUGUUACCCAGGAAACACUGAAGACAAUCCGAAAUAUAUGGAAAUGAACGUGACGCUACAACGCCAGGACAGUGGGUUUGGAUUUAGAAUAAUUGGCGGAACUGAGGAAGCUUCACAGGUUGCUGUGGGCCACAUUGUGCCAGGAGGUGCAGCUGACAUCGAUGGUCGACUGCGGACGCACGAUGAAAUACUGUUCUGCGAUGGUGUGUGCGUGAUUAACGCCUCACAUCACAAGGUGGUACAACUGAUGGGUAACGCGAGCCAACGAGGGCAAGUGUCACUGGGCGUACGACGUAGAAUCGCUCCAUAUUCAGAUAACUAUCCGUAUGAUGUCAUCGUAAAUCGCCGAGAAAACGAGGGUUUUGGUUUUGUAAUUAUUUCUUCGGUGACGAAGGCGGGGUCUACGAUAGGUGAGUUCAUUGAAAGGUAUUCCAAUUAUGGUCGAUUUGCUGCUGACGAUAUGUUCAAUAUUCGACAUUUAUAUCCAUGGAUUGGUCGGAUCUUAGAGAACAGCCCUGCAGAGCGAUGUGGCCAGCUGCGUGUCGGGGACCGAAUUCUUGCAGUGAACGGGGUUGACAUCUCGCACCUACAUCAUGAGGACAUCGUCAACAUCAUCAAGGAGUCCGGGUACUCCGUCACACUCACUGUUGGCCCUCCAAUAGAUGAGUCAUCAAACAAUCCAUCUCAGAGGGGCUCCCAGAAUUCUAUGGUGAAUGUGAUGGCGACGCCGACACAGAACGACACCGACCCUCGGUACAAGUUUCCUCCGCCAAAAGACAUCAACAGAAUGAAAAUGAUCAACCAGCAGGAGAUACCAGAGGGCACGCUCUACAUAGUCGACCUAAAUCGAGGCAAUCGGGGAUUUGGUUUCUCCAUCAGGGGAGGUCAGGAGUUCAACAGUAUGCCGCUGUUUGUGUUGCGGAUAGCAGAAGGAGGUGCUGCUGACGUCGACAAGAGAUUACGGGUUGGUGACCAGCUGCUCGAGAUAAACGGCUACAACACAGAGACCAUGACACACUCUGAUGCCAUCGACAUCAUACAGAAUGGUGGGCCUUCAUUACGGCUGCUUGCCCGACGGACAGGAAAGCCGCCGCCUGGCUUUGAGCCGUCCCCCACCCCUGGCGCACGCUACCCACAAGGGGGCCCGAUGAGUAACGGCCCUAUUGGUCAGAGUUCCCCGUACCUUGGGCGUCGAAACAUCAACUUUGACAGGGACGACCCAGUCUACUACAACCAAUCAUCAAGCAGAACAUACCUGAACAAUUGAGGAUUAUUGUAAGGAUUGUGAGAAAGGUAUAAAUAACAAGAAGUAUCACUGGGCUUAUCAGCUAGUACGGAUGUUUGAAGGAAUGAUAUUUGGAUUUUCGAUUGUUUGAAGUAGAAAAUUCACAGUGAAUGGUUUGUGAAGAUGGAACCCAUCCAGCUGAGCCACUGGUGCAGCUGAAAGAUUGAAAAGUCACCUUGCAUUCUAUGUGUACCAGCUGCUGUGGAAGUGAGGUUGUAUGGUAUUUGGAGGAUUCUCACUGUUAAAAAGAUCACCUAGAAUGGGUCCUCAAGAACUGCGGAAUGUUAGUGCUAUAAGAUCCAAGAACUAAUGAAAUUUCAUGGUAGAAUAUCAAGAUCCAGUUGUGGAAAUUUCAUGGUAUAAUAUCAAGACCCAGCUGUGGAAAUUUCAUGGUAAAAUAUCAAGACGGUCAACACAUUGAGAAAGAUCACCUAGAAUUGACCCUCAAGAGCUGUGGAAAUUUGAUGGUAUAAUAUCAAGAGGGUUUGCACUGCAAUAGAUGGGUUAUUCACAGUAAGGAUGUUUUCAAGAUCGUCCACUAAUUUGGUGUACAACAGAGAUGAAACGUGGAGAGGAAUUUAAUGUGCUUUCACUGUAUGCCCUUCGCGUUGUACCGUUAUGUGAUGAACUGGGUGUUGCUUGUUAUAACCAGGGGGACUAUGCAUGAGUUUAACACCGUCACAAUGUACAGGGUACAGAGAAGUUCUUAGACAAGCAUGGUUAAUUAAAAAGAAAAAAAAAACAUUUUUGGAACUUAGGGGGUUCUAUAGCAUUGAAAAAAAAAAUUGAUUGAUAGAUAUCAAUUUCUUGCAAUAUGGGUGUUUACCUUAUGAAUGCAAUCAAAUCAUUUUCAUAUAAGCAGCAAGGUACAUUUCCAACUGAACAUGAUUUUUUAUCAUGAUGAAUUUGAUACUCAUAAAUCAUUUUAAUAUCAGCUCCCUUUUUUUAAGAUAACAAAAUAUAUUUGUCAAGUCAAAAAUGUGAAAUAAAAUAUUUUUGUCCAGUAAAAAAGGUGAAAUAAAAUAUAUUUGUCAAGUCAAAAAAGUGAACUAAAUAUGUUUGUCAUGUCGAAAGUGUGAAACAAAAUAUAUAUUUGUCAAGUCGGAUAUGUGAAAUAAAAAGCGUAGAUGCUUUUGCUGAAAAAAUAAACACUGUUUGUGUGGUCACUGGUUGUAGAUGACGGUUUACGGUGGAAAACUGCUUAAUUGCUGUGCCAUCGGUUAAUUGUGAUGAUUUUAUCAAUGAUAUUACACUUUUAUACUUUAUCAAGUCAUUCAACAUAAGUAGAGAUGUCCAUGUCUUUUUUUUGUUUUAUUUUAUGUUGCAUUAUUAUAACUAUAGUUUAGUCAAAUCACUAGUUUAGAGAGAUAAGUUUGAAUACUUUAAGAAUUAUUGAUAGAGAGAUCAUUUUAAAGCUGCACUCUCACAGAUAUACCAUUUUUACAACUUUUUUAUUUUUUGUCUUGGAAAGAGCAAAAUUUUGCAUAAAUAUCUGCAAACUAAUGAUAUAAGAUUGCCGACAAAAAAUCAGAUUGUAGAUUUUCAUAUUUCCGUUCGAGAAUUAAUGUUUUAUGGCUUUAACCGUUACUAACGGUUUAAGAAUAAUGCACAAAACAUCAAUUUUUUAACUUAAAUAAAAAAAAUCUGCGAUCUGAUUUUUGUCAGCAGUCUUAUAUAACUGGUUUCCAUGGAUUUUUUGCCAAAAAUGGCUCACUCCAAGACAAAAAAUAAAAAAAGUUGUAAAAACGUUCAAUCUGUGAGAGUGCAGCUUUAAGGAUUGGAAAAUAUAGCACGUUUACAUUUUUUUCCGAUAAAAAAUAAUGGUUGUAAUCAUGAUUGUGAUAAUAAAGCCUAAAAUUAAUGUCAGUCAUAUGUAUAAGGAUUUUCAUGAAACUUUGGUAAAAUGUUCACCUUAGAGUCAAAACCCACAAUCUGCUCCAUAUAACCGGCUGUCUAGUUUUGAAAAAUUAAUUUUCAUCAAAUUUGACAUAUUUUUUUUUUUAUUUAUGAAUAUCAUGCGGAAAUAAUUUAGAUAACAAAAUAAAAUUUAUAUGACUGGAUUGGAAAUUUAAUUCUCUAUAAACUUUACAUUGAUGACUUAUUGAUUAAACCAAAAGAAAUACUAAGAAAAUAGGUUUGUAAUACAUGAGGGUUAAAAUUCCAAUAAUAUCAAUAAUCUCCUAUGAAGUAGGGGUACUGAUAUGAACUGAUAAGCCAUACACUGGCAGCCUGAAAUGGCUUAGGUUUACAUGAAGUAAAGGGUUAAGAGAGUUGUUGUUUUUAUUUUACUUACACAAGUUGAGUAGAUAUUCUAAAUUUUACUAUACGGUUGUUUUUAUUUUUUUAGCUUAAUGGUACUUUGAAACACAUACAUAAAUUGCAGUAUUAGACCAUAAUUCAUAUUAAUUGUGCAUUACAAGUUCAUCUUUUCUAACAAACAAUGGAGUAUGUUUGCGGUCCUGUAAAAUAUGCAAACUUAACAUUGUGAUAAUGUGCAAAAUUAUUUUUAACACUUGAAACAUUUUAGUUUGGAGAGAUUGUGAAGAACCGUGCAAGUGUAGUUACUUUUGUGUAUGUGUAGUUACACUUGUGCAUGUGUAGUUACACUUGUGCUUGUGUAGUUACACUUGUGCAUGUGUAGUUACACUUGUGCAUGUGUAGUUGUACUUGUACAUUACACAAACAUACAUGCAAGAGUAACACACACAUAAGUAUCAUACAUGUACACACACAAGUUACACACACAAGUAACACACACAUAAGUAUCAUACAUGUACACACACAAGUAACAAACACCUAAGUAUCAUACACAUACACACACAAGUUACACACAAAAGUAACACACACAUAAGUAUCAUACACAUACACAAGUAACACACACACACACAAGUAACACACAUACACACACAAGUAACACACAUACACACACACAAGUAACACACAAAAGUAACACACACAUAAGUAUCAUACACAUACACAAGUAACACACACACACACACACACAAGUAACACACAUACACACACAAGUAACACACAUACAUACACACACAAGUAACACACAUACACACACAAGUAACACACACACACACACACACAAGUAACACACAUACACACACAAGUAGCAGUUGGCAACCUCUCUGUUGAUAGUUACCGACAUUGCUUUACAUGAGCAUAUCUGUGUUACCUAUUUGGCAUGCCAGUAAUAUUUUGUUAUAACUUAUUCAACUGUUUUUUAACUGAAUGAUGUUUUCGGGGGAAUUGAAUGUUAAACUGUAUUAUCUGACGAAUGAAUUAUACUUAGUAAUACAGUUUUAUAUUCAACCCAUGAAUUGUGACUGUCACCACAUAAUGAAUUUCAGGUCAAUAAUUUAUUGUCUGACUAUAAUUUUCUAUUCGACCCUUGAGUUGUUUUACCACAUGUAAAUAUAAGAGUCAAGUCAAUAUUUUUGUGUCUGACUAUGAUUUUAGGUGUAGAGAAUUAAUGUGUAUUACCUUGCUAUAUGAUUUUUUUUUUCAGUUUUGAAUUUAUUUUUACAGCAAAAUUAUUGAUGUCUUUUUUUAGAAAUUUUUUGAACUGUUAUUCUCUGACAGUGGCAUGCCUUUUAAAAGUUUUUUUUUAUUUUACGAUCAAUAAUAAUGUUGCCUGCAAUGUUUGGGAGACAUGUAGAGAUAACUUUGUCCGGCGUCCACAUCAUGUUUCUUAAGUUUCGGAUAAUUAACUUUUGAAAAACUUGCGCAGAGUCUUCAAACUUGGUAUAGAAAAUUGCCAUGAUCAGUAGGUGACACUACUCACCUAAAAAGUGACCCUUAUUGAAUUAAGGGGCAAAGGUCAAGGUCACCUUCACUAAAAAGACUAAAAUAGACACUCUGGACAGACGACACAUCUUAUGCGUGGAAUUCUAGUAAAUUUUAUGCUUAUAGUGUGUGCCUAUAGAAUAUCCAAAACAACGCCACCACCCAAAGUGCUUUAACUGGAUUUUUUUAAAUUUAGCCAGAUUUAACAAUGGUUCGUGUAUGAUUACAACUAUAAAUGCUAUACAAGUAUUAUUAGUUUUCAGUAUGAAUAAAAAAUUUGCUUUUAACAUCUAAAAAAUUAAUGCUGGGCAAGUAUAGAGACAUUUGCGCCAACACUAUUCGUGCCUGGCAUAAAAAAUAAAUUGCUUGUAACAUACGGUACUUACAAUAAAUGAAGCAUGGAGAUUUUGGCCCCAACGCUAUUGGUACCUGGCUAAUUCGAUAAAAUAACUAUUUCUUGUUUACCAUACUUUAAUCGAUCGAACUUCUUCGAUUUUUUUUUUAAAUUUUAACCAGACAUUUUCAUAAAACUAUGAAGUUGAAUAUAAUUGUGUUUGUUUUCAUACCAGGUAGUUUUGCUUACAAGACAGUAAUUCAAAAUUCAAUAUGACCCAUUUUUGCAUGUUGCGAUUUGUUGAUUUAGUCUUCAUUAUUACCAAAAGUAUUUUCAUGAUAGAAGUUUUCAUCCCUUGAAAUAUAUCAUUCUAUGAAAAUUAUAUCAUAACAAAUAUCUAUCAAGAGCCAUCAUCAUUCAUAAAUUUACUGAUUUAAUUCAUUUUGUUUUUUGGUUGUGUAAUUUUGUUUUGGUUGUGUAAUUUUGUCAUGACAUCUUAGUUUGUUAUAAUGGUCAUCUUAGGUUGAUUAAUUUGAUUAAGUGUUGUGAAAAUUAUGCUUAUUGGAACUGAAAUUUGUCAUACAAUUUCAGAAACCAAGUAAAAUUUCUUUCACAUUUCUGCCAAUAUUCGGAUUUUUAAAUCUGAAUAAUGUUAUUGUCCAUUUUUUUUCUGUGGCAGCGUUAUUAUUGUGCAAUUAUUUUUUGGCCAACCAGGAAAAAAAUUCUCAUUUUUUAAGAAAUAUGUUUGAUUUUAGAAAAUGUUGAUGCCAUAAUCAAUGCAUUCCAGCUGUUAGGCACAUUUUCCAAGACAUACGAAAAUCACUGCUUGUAUUCUUGAUGAAAUAGCUCCCAGGGGCAAUGUUAACAGACAGUCUCAAGUCUGAGUUCAGACUUAAAUGGUAAAACUGUAAAUGUUCAUAUCAUUGUAUCUCUCUUUCUAGUUUAGUUUUGAUGAAAGAAUGAAAUAAAGAUGAUUCUUUGUAAUUAAUAAAAGUGCUUUUUUUCUGAGUCAGACUCUACCAUUCAGUCAGGGGUUAAAUUUUAAAACAAAUACGCAAGAUAAAAAAGUAAAGAGGAUUUCAUAAAAAAAUGUAUAGACUCAGACUAGAGACUGUUCAUAAUUAUAAGCCCUGCACCCUGCACUAUAAGAAAAACAAACCUCUACUACAGGGAUGUGAUUUGUCCGCGGAUUCGCAGAAUUCCGCGAGUCUAAUGCCCCCCCCCCCCAAAUAAAAAAAAAAUAAAAAAAAAUAGAUGAUUAAGAGAUACUUGUGUGCGCUUUUGGUUGUAAGAGUUAAUAUCCCAGUUUGCUUCAAAUUUAAAGCCAGAAGAACUCCCCAAAGAGCUUCUAAAAAGCCAGUUUUUCUUCUACAGCAGUGUGCUUUUGACCCCAAAAGUGCCCCAAGAAUCCAUGGCCGAAAUGGUUUCAGCCCUCCAGCUGCCAGGUCAAUCACAUCCCUUCUCUAGAUUAAGUACAGAAAAAGUCAUAAUUGGUCUUGUUUUAUAUAUGCCUUGUCUUAAAUGUUGUCAUUCUUAAGUUAAUCCAAAGGAUUUAAAAUCAUGCACUUAUUUUUGUGAUCAGCACUUAACAUUCUCUUAAUUUGUUAAAAAGCUACAUGUAUGUUGUUAUUUUGCAUGGUCACUGAUGGUGGCUGAGAAUUGUUGGUAAAUUGUUUAAUAGAAUGAUUUUCAUGUUUGUAUUACAUGUUCAGUAAUAUGUGAUUCAAAUUGUAUUUAAACAUGAAUUUAGUUGAAGAUAGAAAUUAAGGUAAUUAUGCAAGUUAUUUAAAUUUCCUAACGUUAAUAUACACAAAUGUUAACAGGAUUUAGCAAUAAAAUUAUUUCAUGAACUUGAUGAAUGGUUCUUGUAUUAGAAAUAUUUUACAUGUGUGUUAUAUAAGCAUUGUUUAUUGAGGACAUUAGAUGUAUUUUCGUAAGUUUUGAAACUGAAUGAUGAUAUAAUCUUGUGCCUGGUAUUUCAUCUGUAGUUAUUUAUUCUAGACUUUCAUAUUCAUGAGUCGACUUGCAUUGUCGAUAUUUGGUGUUUUUGCUAUGUCGAUAUUUAGUGUUUACGCUUUGUCGAUAUUUAGUGUUUACGCUCUGUCGAUAUUAAGUGUUUACACUCUGUCGAUAUUUAGUGUUUACGCUUUGUCGAUAUUUAAUGUUUACACUCUGUCGAUAUUUAGUAUUAACGUCUGUGGAUAUUUAGUGUUUAAUUAAGCUUAUGCCUCCCCGCCAAUGGAUAAUCGGAAGGAUUCAUAUUCAAUCGAAAGUGUUUGACGUAAACAACUGCCAAAUUUCCAUUGUUUUAUUAGGGAUGUAUAGAACUCAACACAUGCUCGCUGGAUAGUAUAGAGGCAAUUGUGGUCACAAUAAGUUAUUUAUUUUUUGUGUUACUCUACUAUUAAUUCGGCAGCCGAGCUGCGCCCGUAUUAUGUCAAAUUAAUAGUUACAGCAAUAUAUUAACAAUAACAAAUACUUAAAGACAAGUCACAUUUUUGUGAUUUGUUGAUUGUAGCAAUCUGUAACUCAUUUAGAAACUCCCAAAAUUAAAUCAGCAUUUUUCAAAUGAAAUUAAUGAAAGCUGGGACAUUUUAUGCACAAAUAUUACAUGUACUUGUAUGGAAGUCAUGUAUAUUUAAAAGGUUAAGACAAUUAUUUGUAAAAUAGACUUAUUAAUUAAUAAUCAUAUGUAAAUAGGCAACAUACAUACAUAUAUAACAAACAUAUGGUAUAUAUUUCAUAUCAUUAUUUUUGGAAGUACUUUCAUUCAUGUAUUCCACUCCCACAUGUGUAUUAUAUAACAUAAAAAUGGUUUUGUGUAUUAUUAUAGUCUGUCUUUAGAAUCGUUUUAACGAGUGUAUAAAUUAAAUUCCUCAAUUUCAUUUGAAUCUAACUAAGUUUAUUUGCAUGUGAUGUGUGCUUAUAUUAUUCAUUAUCAAUUGGGCGAAUAAAAGUUGUCUGUUUGAUUUUAAUCAAAUUUCAUUGCUUUGCGUGUGAAAAGCUUAGUUAGUUUGAAUGUUAAAAAGAGGAAUUUUUCUCGUGUACAUUAUAUACAAAGUGAAGAUUUUGUACAGAAAAUAUAUAUAUAUUAAAAAUGACAGAAAUAUGAA